AGGCAGCGUCUGCGCGCCGAGGAGUUAACAUGGUGACCACCAGCCCUGCUGAGGGGCGCCCGUCGGCGGUGGGCAGGCGGCGGAGAACGCCGGCCAAGCGGCAGCGGGCCGAGGACGUGACCCCCGAGGAGCGGGCUGAGCCCCAGGGCAGCGCCGAGCCCGGCCUCCAGCUCCGCGCGCCGGUCAAGAAGAGCAAGGCCCCCCCGGUGGGGCGGGUCGCCGGCCGGCUGAGCUCCUCUGGCGGAUGCCAGCCUAUGCACCCGCUGGAGCUGCGGGUCUUCCGCGACUACGGGCAGAGCUGGUACCGCUUCCGAAAGGAGAGGGAGGGGAAGUUCCACCCGCUAGACCCGCUGGCCCGGCAGCCACAAGUAACUGCAGAAGCCCGGUGCAAACUGAUCAGCUGGCUAAUACCAGUGCAUAAACAUUUUGGCUUUUCUUUUGAAUCCUUAUGCCUGGCUGUAAACACUCUAGACCGCUUUCUCACCACAACCCCAGUGGCUGCUGACUGUUUCCAACUCCUAGGGGUCACCACCCUCUUCAUUGCUUGCAAACAGGUAGAAGUGCACCCACCAAAGGUGAAACAGCUCUUGGCUCUUUGUUGUGACACUUUCUCCCACCAGCAGCUCUGUAACCUGGAGUGCAUCAUCCUGAACAAGCUGCGCUUCAACUUGGCAGCCCCCACUAUCAACUUCUUCUUGGAAUAUUUCACGUAUGUGCGGAUGGAGGCUUGUGAGGCUGAUGCUUGGGAAGCCAACAACGCCAAAGCCCUGGCCAAAGGUGUAGCUGAACUCAGCCUGGCUGACUACGCUUUUAACAAAUACAUGCCUUCUUUGCUAGCUGUUUGCUGCUUGGGGCUGGCUGACCAGAUGUUACACCACCAGAGACCCCUGGACCUGCACUUAAGUGACUAUUCAGAAGAGAUUUUACAGGAUUGCCUGGACAAGCUGCAUUUACUGGUGUCUUUGAAUGAAGACUCUUUGCCUCUUGUGUUACCCCCUGAGAUUUCUGAACAGUGUCUGCAUGUGGAUAAGUGAGAUGAAUUAGGGGAGCGGGGGACAGCCGUACUUGAAAGCCCUAUUUGGAAGCUUGUCAUUUUUCCACCCAGCGCAUGUAAAGAAAGAUUGCUGAUGGUUUUAAUACCUCUAAAAUAACAGUAUUCAU